AUGGACGCCGCCGAACCUCGUGUCAACGGCACGACAACUCCCUCGACGCCGAUGCGAUCAAGUCUGUCGCUGACCGAGUACACCGCCAUGCCCACACCACCCUCCGAAAGGGCUGACCUUCCUACCUACGACGUCCCUCGAGACUUCCUCCUACCCUCGGGCUACCCAGACUACUUGCGGUUGAUCCUCACGUCCCGGGUCUACGAUGUUGUCAGCGAAAGCCCUCUCAGCCAUGCCAUCAAUCUCUCCAACCGUCUCGAAUGCAAAGUCCUCCUGAAAAGAGAAGACCUACUGCCCGUCUUCUCCUUCAAGCUACGAGGCGCAUACAACAAAAUGGCUCAUCUUCCAACCAAGAUCUCAUGGAAAGGCGUCAUUGCUUGCUCAGCAGGUAACCAUGCGCAGGGAGUGGCUUACUCUGCAAGACACUUGAAGAUCCCUGCAACCAUUGUGAUGCCACAGGGGACACCAGCCAUCAAACAUAUGAAUGUCAGUCGCAUGGGUGGAAAUGUGGUGCUACAUGGACCCGACUUUGACUCGGCCAAAGACCACUGUCAUGCCUUGGAGAAACAGUAUGGGUUGACCAAUAUUCCACCAUUCGAUGAUCCAUAUGUCAUUGCAGGGCAAGGGACGAUAGGUAUGGAGUUGUUGAGACAGACGUCCUUGCAAAAGCUCAAGGCUAUCUUCUGCUGCGUCGGUGGCGGGGGUUUAAUAGCUGGCAUCGGGGUGUAUGUGAAAAGAAUAGCCCCUCAUGUCAAGAUUAUUGGCGUCGAGGCUUCCGACGCCAAUGCCCUGGUCGAGUCUCUCAAGCUGGGGAGGCGAGUGCUGCUUAAAGAAGUCGGCCUCUUCGCCGAUGGUGCUGCUGUGAAGACAGUGGGGGAAGAGACAUUCAGACUUUGUCAAGAGGUGGUGGACGAGGUUAUCGAGGUUAGCACUGACGAGAUUUGCGCUGCUAUCAAAGAUGUCUUUGAAGACACGAGAUCAGUGUUGGAGCCAGCAGGUGCUUUGUCACUAGCAGGUUUGAAGAAAUGGGUCGCGCAGAAUCCGGACACAGAUACCAGCCGCGAAUUGGUUGCGGUUGCCAGCGGCGCCAACAUGAACUUUGAUCGACUAAGAUUUGUCGCGGAACGUGCGACCUUGGGUGAGCAGAAAGAGGCUCUCCUGUCUGUCAGUAUUCCAGAACGCCCGGGCUCAUUCGUGCAGCUCAUUGAGGCCGUCCUCCCACAAGCCGUUACAGAAUUUGGGUACAGGUAUUCAUACACCGACCAAGCACAUGUCAUGAUGGGCAUCACGGUCUCCUCAGCUGGCGCAAGGGCACGAGAACUCGACUCACUCUUUUCCCGGCUUGCAGCUGCAGGAAUGACAGCCCAAGAUCUUUCUGAGGAUGAACUUGCAAAGACACAUCUGCGAUAUCUCGUCGGUGGGCGGUCCGGCGUCAAAGAUGAGAGAGUUUAUAUGUUUGAAUUCCCAGAGCGACCGGGAGCUCUCUUCAAGUUCCUGAGGACAUUGCGACCAGGCCAGAGUAUUACACUCUUCCAUUAUCGAAACUAUGGCGGCGAUGUGGGCAGGAUCCUCGCAGGCAUUCAGUGUCCUGAGAAUGAGAGGGAUCAACUGGAGGACUUUUUGAAAGACAUUGGAUAUCCUUUCAAGGAGUGCACGGACAAUGCCACGUAUAAGAUGUUCUUGCGAGAUUAG